AGACUAAUGUACCUAUUAGAUGUCCUGAUCAAUGGAUGUCAUAUGCUGGUCACUGUUACAUAAUUCACAGGGACCCCAAAAUAUGGAAAGAUGCCUUAACAUCUUGCAGGAAAGAGGAUGGGGAUCUGGCGAGCAUCCAUAAUGUUGAAGAGUACAGCUUUGUUAUUUCCCAGCUUGGGUACCAGCCAGCUGAUGAGCUGUGGAUUGGGUUGAAUGACCUCAAGGUUCAGAUGUAUUUUGAAUGGAGCGAUGGGACACCUGUCACCUACACCAAGUGGCUUCGUGGAGAACCCACUCAUGCAAACAACAGGCAAGAAGACUGUGUUGUUAUGAAAGGAAAGGAUGGAUUUUGGGCAGACCAUUCUUGUGAGAAGAAAAUUGGCUACAUCUGUAAAAGGAAACCUAUGUCAGAAGCUCCUACAGAAGAGGAAACUAUUGACAUGGGCUGCCAGAGAGGUUGGAAAAGAUAUGGUUUUUAUUGUUACUUCAUUGGAAAUACAUUUGUAUCAUUUUCUCAAGCAAAUCAAACCUGUGGAAGGCAUCAGGCCUUUUUAGCAACUGUUGAAGACAGAUAUGAACAAGCCUAUCUGACAAGCCUGGUUGGGCUAAGAUCAGAAAGAUACUUUUGGAUUGGACUUUCAGAUGUAGAAGACAAAGGAACAUUCAAGUGGGCUAAUGGUGAAUCUGUCUUAUUUACACACUGGAAUUCUGAAAUGCCUGGAAGAAAGCCAGGCUGUGUUGCCAUGAGGACUGGAAUUGCAGGUGGAUUAUGGGAUGUAAUAAAAUGUGAAGAAAAGGCAAAGUUCCUGUGCAAAGUGCGGGCAGAGGGAGUAACGCUUCCACCUGUUCCUACAACAACUCCUGUUCCCCGGUGUCCAGAAGGUUGGGACUCAAACAGUCGUAUUAGCUUCUGUUUCAAACCUUUUUCAAGAGGAGAGCAAAAGAAAACAUGGCUUGAAUCUCAAGAGUUUUGUCGAGCUGUAGGAGGAGAUCUGGCCUCUAUUAAUGGUAAAGAAGAACAGUAUGUGAUAUGGCGUUCUAUUGCGAACAAUGGCUAUUACCAUCAGCAUUUCUGGAUGGGCUUAUAUUACUUGAAUCCUGAUGAUGGCUUUGUUUGGAGUGAUGGAUCUCCAGUGAGGUAUGAAAACUGGGGCUUUGGAGAACCCAACAAUUACCAAGGAAUUGAACUUUGUGCAGAGAUCAGUGGUGAUUCCAGCAUGCUUUGGAAUGACAGGCACUGUGAUUAUCUAUAUGGAUGGAUUUGCCAGAUAAGAAAAGGGGCAAGUGUAAAGCCUGAACCAACAGAAUCUCCUGCACCCAAAUACAAGACUACUGAGGAUGGAUGGAUUAUACAUGAAGACAAACAAUAUUAUUUCAGCACAGAGAGUGUUCCUAUGGAAAAAGGUCGGGAGUUCUGCAAAAAGAACUUUGGAGACCUUGCUGUCAUUGAGAGUGAAAGUGAAAGAAAGUUCCUCUGGCGAUAUAUCUUGAAAAAUGGCAAAGAGGAUUCAUACUUCAUUGGUUUACAACUGAGUGUUGACCAACGGACAAGCUGGAUGGAUGGCACUCCAGUGAAUUAUUUGGCAUGGGCACCACACGAACCGAACUUUGCAAAUAAUGAUGAAAACUGUGUAGUUAUGUAUAAGAAUUUAGGAUUUUGGAAUGAUAUAAACUGUGGUUAUCCAAAUCCCUACAUAUGUGAAAGGCACAACAGUUCCAUUAAUUCAACUAUUCCUCCAACAACAUUUUCAACUCCAAGAGGAUGUCAUCCAACUUGGCUUUCCUUUCAUAAUAAGUGUUACAAAAUAUUUGGAUCUGCAGAAGAUGAACGUGUCACUUGGCAUGCUGCACGAACAGCUUGCAUGAAUUUAGGAGGAAACCUGGCCACUAUCCCUAAUGAACAAGUGCAAGCUUUCCUCACCUUCCAUAUGAAAGAUUUUGUUACUGAUACAUGGAUUGGAUUAAAUGAUAUAAAUCAUGAACUGAGGUUCCUCUGGACAGAUGGAACAGGAGUUUACUUUACAAACUGGGCCAAAGGCUUUCCAUCAGGACAUGUAGAUUUAUACUCAUAUGAUGGCCAGGCUGAUUGUGUUGUCAUGAGAAACAAUCCUGUUAAGGAAGCAGGGAAGUGGGCUGAUGAGAGUUGUGAUAACAACAGAGGAUAUAUAUGCCAAAUUAAUGCAGAUGCUGAGUUUCUGCCUUCUACAAGUUCAUCCCCAUCCAGCAUUAUCCGUUAUGGUAACAGUAGUUAUUUGUUCAUCCAUACGAAGAUGAAAUGGGAGGAUGCACGAAAAAACUGCAAACGUGAUCAAUUUGACCUUUCCAGUGUCUUAGACCCCUACAGUCAUUCGUUCCUGUGGCUAAAGAUAUUAAAGUAUGGGGUGCCUAUGUGGAUUGGUCUUAACAGUAAUGUGACCAAUGGGCGUUAUGAAUGGAUUGAUAACUGGAGAAUGAAGUAUACCAAAUGGGCUGAAGGGGAGCCAAAGCAGAAAAUAGGCUGUGUCUAUCUAGAUGUUGCUGGAGCCUGGAAGACAGGAUCCUGCAAUGAAAGUUACUUCUCUGUUUGCAAAAAACCUGAUGUUCAAGCUCCCACUGAGCCCCCUCAGCUCCCAGGAAAGUGCCCUGAAUCAGAAGGACACAAGUCUUGGAUCCCUUUCCGAGGUCAUUGCUACUACUUUGAAUCAUCAUCUACAAGAAACUGGGCCCAGGCAUCUUUAGAAUGUCUUCGACUAGGUGCCUCUUUGGUAUCAGUUGAAGACUCAGCUGAAGCCAACUUUCUGGCAUACACCAUUGAACCACUUGAAGGGAAAACAUCAACUUUUUGGACAGGAAUGUACAGAAAUGUGGAUGGAGAAUGGCUGUGGCUAGACAACACUGCAGUGAAUUUUGUCAACUGGAAUGUAGGAGAACCUUCCCCUCAACAAAACGAGCACUGCGUUGAAAUGUAUGCAAACUCUGGGUACUGGAAUAAUAUCUAUUGCUCUUCCUACAAAGGCUAUGUUUGUAAAAAGCCAAAAAUAACUGAAAUGCCACCUGCAGCUGAAAUGCCACCAGCUGAAAUGCCUACAAAGGCAAUGACAAAGGAUGAGAAGGCUCCUACUCUGAACCACGGUAAAACGGGAGUUGUAGUUAUUGUUGUCAUCCUCAUCCUAGUUGGAAGUGGCCUUGCAGGCUAUCUCUUCUACAAAAGAAGAAAGAAUCGCUUGUCAACAAAUGAUAGCUUUGAGAACAAUUUGUAUUUUAAUAGUGAUGCAGUUCCUGGAACUAGUGACACAAAGGAUCUUGUGACCAACAUAGAACGGAAUGAACAUGCGACACUGUAAUGUAACAAAAUGAAAUGUAAUGUAAUAUGUAAUGUAAAAUGUAAUGUAAUAAAAUAAAAUGUGCCUUGUUUUAAUAAAAUUAUGCAAUUAGAAUUAAGCCAAAGCUAUUUUCUCAUGUGC